AUGGGUCCUCUCUUCCUGCUGUCGAUUGCUGGCGCGGCACUCGCUUUUCCUCAGGCGCAUUCAUUUCUGAGUCGACGCCAGAGUGUCCCUGCUGUUCUGCCCGGAGGAUGGACAUCGCAGGGCUGUUAUACCGAUGAACCAGGGGCCCGCACGCUGACCGGCGCGUCGUAUUCCAGCGGGGAUGCAAUGACAGUCGAGUCCUGCAUCUCCUUCUGUUCCGACGCUAGCUUCCCCUUAGCUGGCGUCGAGUUCAGUCGAGAAUGUUGUACUCCUGGAGCCCCCGCUGCGUUGAGCGAGUGCAACUAUGCGUGUACGGGCGAUAGCUCUCAAUCCUGCGGCGGUGCUGGCCGUCUCAACCUCUUCGCAAGCGGCUCGUCUGCUCCGAGCGUCCCUCAGACUGUCGCCGAAGACUGGGAGUACCAAGGGUGCUACACAGACAGCGUCAGCGACCGCACACUCUCUCACUCCCAUCACGUCGAAGGUGGAAUGACAAUUGAAUCAUGUGUCGCGUUCUGCAGCGCAAAUGAGUUCUCCUUCGCGGGUCUCGAGUUCGGUGAUGAGUGCUUCUGCGGUAACUCCAUUGGCUCCUCUACGAAGAAAUCCGAUAGUGAAUGUACAAUGGUCUGCACCGGAAACUCCGCCGAGUUUUGCGGUGGUCGUGAUCGACUUACCCUCUAUUCUACCAGCGGCGCAGAGGAGCCGCCCACAGAAGAGCCUCCCACCCCUACAUGCAUCUCCACUAACGUUGCCCGCUUUAAUCCUCUCGCGGUGUUCAAAGCUCCUCCCCCUUCUGGCCCCCUCUCGCGCUCAAUAGGCAUGAUCAACGUCAACACAGUCCCCCACGUCAGCUAUGGACUUCUAUCCAGCGCCGGCACCGGCGGAUGGCUCUACUAUGCGCUUCAGAACGGCGCCAUAUAUCCAAAGGCCGUCGUCCCGUUCCCAGCUCCAGUGUCUUUCAGCCUCGUGCCGGGCUACUCUCCCAUCUUCGUUUCUACGCAGAUCCCACCGCCUGCUUAUUCCGGUUUCUGUUCGAUGGUCAAUCCAUCGGGAGGGCCUCCAUUGCUCGCCGCCAACCUUCGAGCCGAUCUAUGGUCAUUGUGUUCCAACACUACUGCUGGAGGGCGCAACGACCUUGUCUACUCCCCGCAAGCAAAUCACCCCCACUAUAAUCUUCUUGAUUGUCUUGGAGUUAAUGUAUACAUGGUACCGGCUUGA